AUGGACCUAAUACAAGUUGUUGGGCUUUUGAAGACUAUUGUUGGGUUCUCUCAAUGCUACGAAGGUUUAGUCAAGGAAUUUAUUGUUAAUAUUCCUGAGGAUAUUUCUGAUAAGAACAACAAGGAGUUAUGUAAGGUGUAUGUGAGGGACAAUCAGGUCUGUAGGGAGAUUAUUGCUAAGCAGGUGAAAGUUUGGCCUUUUAAAAAGCAUCUGCCUGUUGGGAAGUUAACUAUCAAGUAUGUUAUCCUGCAUAAAAUAGGAGCUGCUAACUGGGUCCCUACCAACCAUAUCUCCACCAUUGCUAAUACUCUUGGGAGUUUUAUUUUUGCUGUUGGGACAAAAGUGAAAUUUGACUAUGGUAUAUAUAUGUUUGAUCAAAUCAUCAAGCAUGCAACUACUAAUGCAGUUAACCUGCCAGUUGCUUUUCCCUCUAUGAUCUGUGGAAUUAUCUUGAAUCAACAUCCUGGUAUUCUAUGCUUAAAUGAUUUACCUAGUAGGAGAAAACCAGCUUUGUCUGUGCACUACAAACUCUUUGAAGGCAGUCAUGUCGAGGAUAUUGUCAUGACAUCUGCCAUGAGGAGGUCAAUCUCAAAAGUUGGAGCAAUUGCUGAGCUUAAGGAGACAUGCAAAGAGCUAGGUGAAGGGAUUAGGGUUGAGGGUGAAAAUGUUGAACAUGCUAAUGUCAGCCAUGAAGAAGAAGCUGAAGCCCACACCUCUAGUGAGAGGUCUGCUAACAAUGAUAACGCGAGUGGCAAUUCUGCUUCUGGUGCUACUGAAGAGGCUACAAACUCAAGAAUUCUUACAGUUGUGUGUGUACUUGGUGAUAUAACUCUUUAA